UUCAAAACACAACAACGUUGUUCAGCCGUAGUUGGUUGUGUGCUUUACAAACAGCUAAAGGUGAUUGUGAUUUGCAGAUUUUUUUUUUCUAGAAAAUGUCAACAGAUCUAACAGACGUUCUGCGAGAGCGUAACAAAUAUUUGUUGGAGCAGCUAAGGGAGCAAAGAGAGAAACUAGAGCGGGUGAGCGGCUGCAGUAUGAGCCGCAAGAGGGGGAGAGAGGCCGAGGAAGAGGAGGAGGAGGAGGAGGAAUGGAGGCAAUCCGAAGUUAUGGUAACUCUGACGGAGGGACAUCGAGGUCCUGCAAGGGCAGCCCUGGCCAAACCUUCAGUCAGAUUUACUGAUACUCAAAAGACACACAAAGACUCCCACUGGAAGUCCUCCAGUUCUUUUGGGACCCCCAAACACAGCGUACCUGCUGAACCUACAACACUGUCAGACAGCCACCAAAACCCUCAGGACUAUUCCACACUGCCAGACCCCUGGUCACUGAGAAUGCAGUUUUCCCAAAUUAGGCCCAAUAGAGUCAAGAAGGGGAUACACAGUCGAGUCAGGUUUCAGUCAGAAGAAUCUGAAAGCAAACCUGCGUCAGACAGACGUCAUGUGCAGCCUUUGCUUGGAUAUGACUGGAUAGCAGGAGUUUUAGAUACCGAGGACUCCUUCUUAGAACGCUCUGAUGAGUACUUCAAUAAUCUCAGCAUGUUUCGAUCGGUCAAUGAAGACGAGUGUGUUCACUCUGGACCAGCAAAGACUUUAGAGGGAAGCCAUCUUUUCCGACCACUCCUGACAGGUGACGGCAAAGAAGCACACAUAGAUACUCAUCAGUGUACAUUCUCCUACCGGAUCAACAGCAGGCUGUUUCCUGUCCCAAUUCACUCUCAGGAAUGCUGCCCAGUGUGCAAAAGACACAAAUUUUCCCACCCUCACACUGUGGCUGAACCGGCUCUGAUCAGGGUCAGCCUUCCUCGCGCCAACAUCCUGCCAUCUUACAAGUACAAAGCUCAUCGGCGAAGCAGCUUCGAUCCUUCAGACAGUUUGGGACUCCCAUCACACUGCCUCUCAGGAUGGUCAAAUGCAGGUCAGAACAUCCUGCCUUCGGCCAGAAGCCUUGACCUGCGGAGCAGCAUUAAGACGAAGAACGCUGAUGGCCCCCUGAGCCAGCAACUGGAGAAACUAUCUUCAUCUAGAAGAAACCAAAACCUUGAGGAGACCCCUGAUGUGUAUCGCUUGGCUAAUUUCAACUUUCAACAUUUCUCUCCAAAAAGAAAUCCAAGAGCCUCUUUUUUUCCUGGCUGAAGUAUCAUUUCUGGAUUUUAAAGGGAUCAAAAUCUGAGAGGCAAAACUGGCUACAUUUACAUUUCUAGAGCAACAUUGUCUGUCUCUGCCAGACGUCCUCCAUGUACUUUUGUUUGUUUGUUGUUGUUUUCAAACAGGGAACUAAACAUAAAGUGCAUCAGGUGUUGUAAAUGCACUGGAGUAUGAGUUAGCUCCAAACUUUGAGAGAUAAAUCCUGUCUUGCCUCACAGUUCCCCUUUUCUUUGUUCAUGUGAAUUAAAGCUGGAGGACAUGUGACCUCUGCUUUUGUGGAAGUGAAGCAAGAGUUGCAGCACUGUGGAGACGCGCAGUAUUUAACACCAGUUUUAGAACAACAUAAGGAACGUUUAGCAUAUGUUCACGCCGUGUUUUGCAAAACUAAGGAAAUCACAUUGACUCACUUCCAGCCUCUUAGUGUUUGUUGCCCUCUCCAGCUGUGUCAUUUGGCUGCUAUGUCUUUGCAAACUUCUGCUUUUAACUUCCUUACUGUGGGACUAGAAGCCCUGAAGCUCAGCGGGGUCUAUAUGUAUAAUACAGGAGCUGCCCUUCACAGGAAACCACAACCACCUAUACUUGCUGACACUUGUGUGUUUUUGAGAUCCCACCUCGCACGCUGUAGUUUUGUGUCUAAAAGGCCAAGGUUGUUGAACAUGUUUGCGAUGAUGGAUUGAUUCACAGCGUAUUUUUUGAGCGCUCUGUUUCUGAUUUUAAGUGACGGAGUUUCGCUUUAUAAGUCCUUGCAGCCGAACUGUAAUCGUCCCAUCACUGGGGGCUGAACUUCUGAGAAACAAAAGGGGAAAAUUUUCAGAAAGACGCCAGAGAAAUGAACUAGAAUCUCAUCAGUGCUAGUUGAGAGCUCCGCUGUGCUGCUGCUACUGCUGAUGAAAAGGCAUUUUACUCCUUUAGGAAAUCUUCAGCUGCCUUCCACAUGAGCAGGAUCUGAACGUAGUUUCAGAAUAAUAAAUCUUCUCUGCAAUCAUCUUCCCUCAUUAUGUAUAUGGAGUAAUAGAAACACAGAAUCACAUUUUGGUAUUUAAGGUUUUUACCGCUGCAGCCUAAUAAGAUGGCUGGAAAACAAAAGCUGCAUUUUCAUCCCUGAGUAACAUGAGGUUUGAGUGUGUCAUUUAAAAACUAUCACACCCUAGUGUUAAGAAUUACUCAUGCAUUGUAACUAAAUCAGUGCACUAAUAUGUGAAGACCAUAUUAAGACAACGUUUUUGCUUCUUUGGGUCAUAUUUUGAAUCUCGAUGUUGGUAAAAGUGACUCAAAGUAAACAAAAUAACUCUCACAUUGGCAAACAAGGGCUGCUUCUGUGUUACUUCACAGCCAGAGUACAUCUGAACAUGUGGGAGGGGGAAGUUUAUUCUGAAAUGUCAGCAUCACAGGAACAAGCCGCUAGUCACAGGGGCAAGAAGCUACUGGGCAUGACAUGUGCUCAAACCCACUCUGUGGCUGCACACAUUUUAAACUGGAAAGUAGUGGUGAUGUUAAGUUGAACCUUAAACCUUUUCACUUUUUGUCAUCUCACAACCACAAAGUUUUAUGUAAUUUAUUGGGACCUGAGGUCUGUGUUCACAAUCAGUGAACACCCUGAAAAUGACUUGAUUCUUCUGGACUUUUUCACUGUUGCAGCUUUUACAUGCAACCAAACUCAUAUCAUUUUAUCCCUCAGUGAAUUGUUUUUAUAAAAUCUAAUAUUUCCGCUACAUAUUUAAAAAAUAAUAAUAUUGUACACACAGGACCGGUUUCAGAAGUUUUAAUCGAUAUGCACCUACACAAAUCCGUCCACUCCGCCCCAUAGGGGGCAGUGUAGCGCAAACCUAAAACCUGUCAGCCAAUCAGAUUGUGUCAAAACGAAGACGACCUUCUAAGAAUUAAACAUGGUGGCAUGAGAUUAAUUUGUUUGGACAGAUUCAACCAUUUUUGAGUAGCUUAUCGGAAUAUAAAAAUAGUAAAACACAAGAAGAGGUCCAUUGAUGUCAAAGCAAUUAUGUGGCUAUAUCGGCGCAUCAUGUGUAGCAGACUGAAAAUGUCAGUGUUCACAUGUAGACAGUGUUCACAUGUAGACACACACAUACGAAAGUUUCUCAUCUCUUUGGUGGAGUUUGUUUUUCUUUAUAAUUAAUCGUUUUACCGCAGCUUCUUUUGGCUGAAAUGUCGCUAAUUAUAGCAAGAAAGUGGCUGAGUUGGCAACAGGGGUUGACUAUUUUUAACUGUUUACGUCCAGUCAUGACCUGGUGAACCAGUCUGUCAGUCAAACCUUUCUAAAGGCAGAGCAGAAGAGGACAGUCGUGGAUUUUCAGAGUUUUGCCAAGGUAGUUAAGAUUGGCUUCAUAUGUAAGUAUCGGUCGAUCACCGAUCUCCCAAAAUUAAGGAAAUCAGCGCCGACAAAUUGGUUUUUAGAGAUUUAAGAGGCCAAAACGAAUUAAAACCUAUUUACUCUCCCAGAUAUCAAGCUAACUGUGAACAGACCUCAAACUUCACAAACUCAAACAUAAUCUGAAUGUAGAACUAUGAUUUGCUACCAUUUUCAUCUAUAGACUGAUAUUUUUUAACCUAUUCUUCUCUACAAAAAUAGCAAAAGCUCAGUCAGACUGUACAUAGAAAAUCUGUGAGCAUCAGUUUUCAAGUUUUACCAUAAAUUCCUAUUUAGGUCUGAGCUUUGACUGGGUCAUCCUAACACAUGAAUAUGGUUUAUACUUUACCUCCCCAUUGUGUGUGUCAAAUAUUUGUCAUGCUGGAAAGUGAACCUCGGCAUAGCAUCUCUGCUUUUCAUCCACUAUUGAUGUGUAUUUAACUCCAUCCUUAUUCCCGAGUUUCUCUGUGGGGAUGAUGUAUUUAGGGUCAUGUAUUUUCUGACACACAUAGCAUUUUUCAUGCAGGCAAAAAAGUUCAAAUCUGAUCUCAUGUCCUCAGAGCAACGUCCUGCACAUGUUGUGUCCUUUACAGUGGACUCAUCGUGGCUUUUCUCCUCGCAUCAUUCCAUAAAGGCAACAUUUGUAAAGUUCAUGACGAAGACAUAUCAUGUCAACAGAUUUUCUCACCUCUGCUGUGAAUCUCUGCGGCUCCUCUGGAGUUACCUUGAACUACAGACUGUUUCUGCGAUUAGUUCUCUACUUAUCCAGUCUGUAAGUUUAGGGUUUGGCUUUGCAGCUGUGAUAUAAUCUUUCCAUUUUAUAGCCUAAGAGGUAACAGGGUUAAAUCCAAAUGCAAGCCACACUUUCCAAUUUUUUAUUUAAAAAACAAUAAAAUAAAAUCCAUUA